GAGUCGAGGCCGUCGGGCCGCGCGGAGUGUGCGGCUGACAGGAGCGCUCCUCCCUCGACGCCGGAGGCAGCUGCCCAGGCCGGGCCCGGCGGCCAUAGGCUCGCGUCGCCGCGUCCCGGGCCCGCGAGGUGCCAGGGCUGCGCCGGGGGAUGGCCGAGGGGAAGAUGGAUGAGAAUGAAUGGAGGUACCACGGCGAGGGCAACAAGAGCCUGGUGGUGGCCCACGCGCAGCGCUGUGUGGUCCUGCGCUUCCUGAAGUUUCCUCCAAAUAGGAAGAAGUGCUUUGACCCUCGUGGCCCAGAGAAUGGUGUCGUGUCACCACUGGCCUCGGACGAGAUACUUCAGCACCUGCAGAACAUAGUGGACUUCAGCAAAAACGUCGUGAAAGAGUUUUUAGGGGAGAGCUCUGUGCAUUGUGGGGAAGUUGUUCAGCUGCCUUUAGAUUUUGUGAAACAGCUUUGUUUGAAGAUACAGUCUGAGAGACCAGAGUCUCGCUGUGACAAGGACCUGGACACGCUCAGUGGUUAUGCCUUGUGCCUUCCUAAUUUAACCCGCCUGCAGACCUACCGUUUCGUGGAGCACCGGCCAAUUCUGUGUGUAGAGAUUAAGCCAAAAUGUGGGUUUAUUCCUUUCUCGAGCGAUGUCACACACGAGCUGAAGCACAAGGUGUGCCGCUACUGCAUGCACCAGCAGCUCAAGGUGGCAACUGGGAAGUGGAAGCAGAUAAAGGCUGAGGCGCAGGGACGUCCAAUUGGCAGGGUCCAGGCUGGUGUCCAUGGUGGGGGCCGUGCUGGGCACCCUACAGGCUGCUGCUUGGAAGGAAAUAAACAGAGAAUGCACUUUGCCUUGAAAAGUCUGUUACAGGACGCCCAGAACAACUUAAAGAUAUUCAAGAACGGCGAGCUCAUCUACGGCUGCCGCGACGCCCGGGACACGGCAGCCGACUGGGCGGAGCUGGCGCGUCACCUGCGGCCCUUCUUUUUCCCGGCCCCGGGCCUAGCCGCCGGGCCGCAGCGGGCGCGCGCUGUGCUCCGCGAGCUGGUGCGCGUCCUGGCGCGAGUGCUGCUGAGCGCCGAUGGGGCCCGGCCCGGCGCCCUGUGCAAGGGGCCCGCCCCGCGGGGGCCGCGCGUCUGCCAGGCCAGCCCCUUCGCCAGGGAGCCGCGCCGCGCAGGAAAAAGCACCCCGGAGGACUCGGGGCUCCCGAAGGGCUGUCUCCUGUACAGAACCCUCCAGGUGCAGAUGUUGGACACGCUGGACAUCGAAGGCCUCUACCCGCUGUACAAGCGGGUCCAGCGAUAUCUGGAGGAGUUCCCCGAGGCCAGGAAAUCCCUGCAGAUCGAUGGGCCUUACAAUGACGCGUUCUAUCAGAAGCUGCUCGACCGCUCCACGGAGGAUGACGGGACGCUGUCCUAUGCGCUCACCAAGGUCCAGCAGUACCGAGUUGCCAUGACCGCCAAGGACUGCUCCAUCAUGAUCGCCCUGUCCCCCUGUCUGCAGGACGGAAGCUCUGAUGAAAGGCCUGUCGUCCCUUCAUCAAAAUCCAGAUUUGCCUUUUCGGUUUCUGUGCUGGACCUUGACCUCAAGCCCUAUGAGAGCAUCCCACAUCAGUAUAAACUGGACGCCAAGAUAGUCAACUAUUACUCAAAGACUGUGCACACCAAAGAGGAUGCUGCGAUGUCAGCCAGGUUCAAGGAGAACGAAGAUUGCACGUUAGUUCUCCAUAAGGUCUAACGUAUUCCCUGUGGUGACUCUGGACUGUAGAAUGUGAAGGCUUAACGACAGAGCUGUUUUCUGUGUGCUGGGUGACGCUGGCUGUGAAUGUUUUUGCUUUAACACUUGUUGAAGUGUAAUUGCCUCUCAGAAACGUGGACUCAAGCAGCACUUCUUUCAGGAGAAGCAGUGGAGCGACGCAAACGCCACGGUGUGCUGUUUCCCCGGAAGGCCCUUCACGUUCUUCAACCACGUUUCCGGAAAACCCUGGGAAGACAGUCUGGGGCGUUCAUCACUCUCAGCCAGGGCCCACGACUCAUUCUCUAAUUCAGAAAGCCUUAUUGUUAAACCCAAGGUCCGGGUCUCCUGCCCUCAUACUCCUAACAUAGAAAACUUGAAUUACCACACACAUCUCACAGUUUGGGUUUUUAAGAAGACGCGGCUACUGCUUGAACUUUCCCGAGCUGGGCUACAUGGUUACUUUUUAAAGGCAGGCCACACUAUGAAAACAGGUUUGUAGGCAGUGCCUUGCUGCAGCGUGUGAGCGUGUUGGUCGGUGCGGACGUUGGUUUUGAGCAGUCCAGACGCAGGAUCCCUGUGGGGAUGUCGCAGGGCAUGUCCCCGUGGGGCCCGCAGAGGGUCAGAGGCAGGUGGAAGACAUGGUCAGUGAUGGACACCACUCGUUCAAGUGUUAUUUUUUUUUGUCCCUGAAUGAUUGUGUCUUUCACUAUGAGGAGAGAAAAGGUGUUCUUUCCCACCUGAAAUUGCUGCUGUGUUAGCUGAGCGCAGAGCUUUAACUAGCUGAGGCGCCGCUGGGCUGUGCUUUGGACGGGCUGUGUUCUCCUGGCAUUCUGGUAUUUUAGGUGAUCAGGUAAAACCUCCCGCUCACUCUGCCCGAGCUGGCACAUCACGUCAUUCCCUUCCUCCCGGUAACUCUUACCUCCCUCUGGUUUGUGUUACAUGUUGUGUCUGGGGCCCCACGGCCCUGGCACGGGGGCUGCUGGCGGAAUCCGCUUCCUGGAGAUGAGCUCCUCGUGGUUGGCGCCAAGAGGUUUCUUCUUGGAGUCACCAAAAGUGUGCUCGGCUGCUAUGAAAACUCUGUCUGGAAACUUGACUUCAGUUUUUUACUCUAUGCUAGGUUUUAAAAAUUGAUUAUUUAUAUCAUCAUUUUGAGGGACUAAUGAAGGCUUAUUGUAACCUAAUAUAAUAUUAGUGAAACCAUGGAAUUGUGUGAAAAAGCUACAUGAAAAAUGAGGAAAAUAUUUUGCUGAUUGUAAAUUUUUGUGGGAAAUUUUGUGGUAACUUGAGAAUUACAGUUGUUUGGAUCAAGCCAGUUCUUCUAGAAUUUGUUGUUCAAGCCUGUCCUGAUAUUGGCUUUUUUCUCUAUUCUACACUCAAACAAAUACAAAACGAUAUGUACACAUUUGGAUGCUGGGUUGCUUUCUUCUUCUGUGUGAAUAGCCAUGCCUCUAGCACAUGUGCACUUGUCUCCUCUGGUCUUCUGAAGUUGGACACAGGGUCUUUGGAGACCCCACCUAAAGUAACGUGCAUUGAGCUCCAUUCUCACGGGCAAGUUGCAGUCUCUGGAAACUGUGGUUGCAAAUGUCUAGACUUGAAAGGGCAGUGGCUGCGUGUUUCUGUUUGUGGUGUUUGGGACUUGAGGUGGUUGGUGGCUUUGUCCGGGGGCUGAGGUAGCCCCACUCGGGUUCGCCCUGCCUGGGGGCGUGUUGACCAGAGGAGCGCGCCGUGCUGCCAUCCGUGUGUGCGCAGUGGCACGUCCCCCUGUGCGAGCUGCUGGCUCCUGUCUGGGUUCCCUGCUAGCUCCUAGGCAGCCUGCACCCAGGGCGAGGGAGAUACACCACUGGACACAGGCCCAUGUCCUAGCUGGACUGGUCAGUAUUAAAACAAUUCUAUUAGGGGGAAAAAGAAAACAGAUGCAACCCUCCCACUGCCCCUUUAAAGGGAUGCCUCAGGCCCUGCUGCCCUCUGGCUCACGGGCCUGCAUGGCCCGCGGUGGCGGCUGUGGGGAGCCUCGGGCAGGGCCCGGCCUGGCCGUGCUGCUUGGGUGGAUGCUUUUCCUGCCAAGAAGGGCUGCCUGGGCCUCCAGCCUGACCCCCGGCUGGCCACGUCGGCUCCGACUCCAGCCUGGUGGCUCCUUCCCUGUCUGUGGUGUUCAGUUGCUUGAAACCAUGAUCUUUGCUGAUUCUAACCGCAUUUAAAUGGGUGACCCCGCAGCCAGGAUUACUGUAGCACUUUUGAAGCGCUCGGUGGCAACGCUGAGGCCCUGUCCAUCUUUGAUAAAGAACACAGCUGCUGUUUCUUUCCCUCUGGGGUGGACCUGUUGGUGCUAAGGCUGCAGGGGAAGGGAGCCAGUUGGUCCUUGCUGGCGUACUGUAUCUCUUAAGCUAAGGGCGCUCCUUGUUUUGAGAAGACCAAGAAAAGGGAGUGGCAGAUGGCUCACAGAGUGACGCUCCACAAUUAAGGCCCCAAGUGCUGCUUUCCGAACCGGGGCGUGGGCUGGCCAGACCGAUCUCGGUGCAAAGUCAAGGACUGAUGUAGGAGAGGGCAGUGCCCAAGGGCCUGAAGCGCCCAGUGUUUCACGUGGGGUCGGGAGAGGCCUGGAGCUUGGCACCGCCACAGGCUGCAGGUUACCCGCACGGCCCCUCUCCAGGCAUUUUUAGGGAUGCACAACCACUCUGGGUACACUGACUCAAAUGUUAACCUUAUUUAAAAAAAUACACUAUACACGUCACUUUUAUUUGGCCUUUUGUAUUUAAAUAGCUGUAUUUAUUUUUCCUGUCAUGACAAUUUAUAUAUAAUGUGCCAUAACUGCAUAGACAGCAUGUUUUAAGGGUUUGGUUUCUGAACAGAAAAUAGCAAAUGUUUAUAUUCAAUAAAAUUAUAAACUGCC